CCUCUCCUGGCUUGGAGUGUUGCAGUGGCCCCCUUCUCCCUGCCCUAGCCUGCGCCACAUUCCUGAGUGACUGCCCCGUUUUUUUUUUUUUUUUUGGUUGGGGGGGGGUUAACGAUGCUUUUAGCCUGUCAGUGGCAUGGCAGGUAAUUGGGCAACCGAACGGGAAGGAAAACCCGCGAGCCCCUUCCUUGCAGUGCAGUAACUGAAAGGGCUGAAGACGAGUACAACAGGGCGAUCUGAGACCUAGGGGACGGAGUAGGCGGGAGUUGGGGUGGUUGCGCGGAAUCUGGAUGAAGCCUGGUGGGCGGUGACGCCACUGCGCCUGGAGCCGUGAGCCCCGACGGGUCCUGGGUACCUGGCGUGGGUCCGGAUGGAGAUCGAGGGUGAUCAGGCACCGUGAGAGCGAACUGUGACGUGUGAGAAGAGCUGUGUCCGUGUGAUUGCGGCGUGAGCUGGCUAGCGGAUGAAUUACACAUGCCAUCUCUCCCAGAAAUGAUGUUUGGAGACAACGUGUUGAGAAUCCAGCAUGGUUCUGGUUUUGGGAUUGAGUUUAAUGCUACAGAUGCUUUAAAAUGUGUAAACAACUACCAAGGAAUGCUUAAAGUGGCGUGUGCUGAAGAGUGGCAGGAAAGCAGGACGGAAGGUGAGCACUCUAAAGAGGUUGUUAAGCCGUAUGAUUGGACCUAUACAACAGAUUAUAAAGGAACAUUACUUGGAGACUCUCUGAAAUUAAAGGUUAUACCUACAACAGAUCAUAUAGAUACAGAGAAAUUGAAAGCCAGAGAACAGAUUAAAUUUUUUGAAGAAGUUCUCCUCUUUGAGGAUGAACUUCAUGAUCAUGGAGUUUCAAGUCUGAGUGUGAAAAUAAGAGUAAUGCCUUCUAGCUUUUUUCUGCUGUUGCGGUUUUUCUUGAGAAUUGAUGGGGUGCUUAUCAGAAUGAACGACACAAGGGUUUACCAUGAGGCUGACAAGAACUAUAUGUUACGAGAAUAUACUUCAAGAGAAAGCAAAAUUGCUAAUUUAACGCAUGUUCCACCUUCCUUCUUCACGGAACCUAAUGAAAUAUCACAGUAUUUACCAAUAAAGGAGGCAGUUUGUGAGAAGCUAGUAUUUCCAGAAAAAGUUGAUCCUGAUUCUGCAGACUCACAAGAAAGCAUACCUGUGGAAUAGAAUGUGAUUCAACGUAACACUCACUGCGGAAUCUGACUGGACCCCUUGGCUAUUUGUAAGGGAGCCUUUUCUAUGAUGAGAGAAUUAAUUUCUUUGUUUGUGUGCAGAUUUUCUGUAGCCUUGAAGGAAGAAAAAAA